AUGGACUCACCUGUUCUAGAAGAACAAAGCGAAAGUACAAAUGGAAACCAAAGGUUUCCUUUACCAACUCAACAUGAAAUAAAUUCAAUAAAUGCGCAAUUAAAUCAAUUUGCAUUAAAAAAUUCUUCGUCUCAAGCUUCCUUAACAAAUUCAAUUGAAGGUUCAAACUACUCGGAUACUUCUUUGACAAAGUCUCCAAAAAUCCAUCCUAUAUAUGAACAAUAUGAAAAACGAAAUACAACAGAAAAAUUAAUUGCACAAAGAUAUCAAAGCUCUGCAGAAGCAACAAGAAAUAAUAUUAAUGAAAAUGGAAUUGAACGACAUUUUGAUAACCCAUAUUCUAUCACUCUUCCAAAUGCUCCACUCGCAAUCUAUUUAUUUAUACAUGUUAAAAUAGGAGAUACUGAUGAUUUGGCUUUCCAAAAAGGAGAUAAGAUAGAAGUUAUUCAAUGUGUAAAUGAUGAAUGGUGGUAUGGAAAAAUUCAAGGUCGAUCUCAUUAUGGAAUAUUUCCCAAGGUCACAGCUCGGCCAAUCUCACAGGUGGUUUAUCCUAAUUCUAAAGGACAACCAUUGCCUCAAAAUGGUCAGAGAACAGGAAAACGCACUUCCUACCCUAAUUACGCUCAACCAUAUAAUAAUUUACAAACUAUUAAUAAUCCUAGAAUGCGACCCCCCACUUCAAAUAAAUAA